CCGUGACUAUCUCAGCAACUUUUCUCAAUCCCUCUGUUUUAUAGUCUCUGAUUCUCUCUUCUUCUAUGUUCCAGCAAUCUUUACUUUCUUGAAUUUUGAACUUUCUAGAGAAAAUGAAGAAAAAUAUGGAAAACCCUUUUCGGCUCACCUCUCUGAAUCACAUCUCACUUGUUUGUAGAUCACUCGAGAAAUCAAUCGAUUUCUACACGAAUGUUCUUGGGUUCGUCCCAGUGAGAAGACCCAACUCAUUUAAUUUUGAUGGAGCUUGGUUGUUCAGUUAUGGAAUUGGAAUACAUCUUUUGCAAUCAGAAGACCCAGAACAUAUGAUGAAGAAAAGCAAAAUCGAUCCCAAGGAAUCAUAUUUCAUUCCAGGUACUUUCAAGUUUCAAUCUGAUCAAUUGUAAUAUGUUUUUAUUAUUUUCAAUAUGUUUAUAUGUAAUUUGUCACUUCCUUGAACUAACUUGGGAUGAUGACAAUAAUCAGAAUCUGAAUAGUUACGGAAGGAACUCAACAUGAAGACAAGGAUGAUUCUCUCCAACUUUUUUUGGCUCUAUUAGGGCUUCGUUUGGGAAGCCAAGUUUGGGGUUUUUUUUUUUUUUUUGCUAU